UUCAGCGAAAUCAGACGCCAGAUAGCUUUAUCGUCACCAUAGACGAACAUGCCUGUCUUACUGUACAACCUUGUGGGGAGCCCAUCGUGCGGCUUCGUUCGCUGCUUGGCGAAAGAGCUUGGCGUUCAGCUAAGCCUCAAAGACGUCGAUUUCGGCAAGGGAGAACAGUGCUCAGCGGAGUACCUCAAGAUCAACCCUUUCCACAAAGUGCCUGCGAUUAACGACAACGGCUUCAUCGUCUACGAGAGCACUGCCAUCGCCUACUACCUACUUCGGAAGUAUGCUCCGGAUUCGCAGCUCUAUCCAAACUGCAUUCAGACACGCACUCGCAUCGACCAGGUGCUUGCAGCAGUAAAUGGCAACAUAAAUCCUAACCUGGGCGCUUUUCUGCAUCCUCGAUGUGUUCAAAAAACGAAACACAGUGCUGAUGAGCUCAAGGCCUGCGAAGAAAAAGUAGUAAAGGUUCUGGAGCGCCUCGUUGGAGAAAGCAAAUUCGCCGUUGGUGACAAGAUCACCCUUGCUGACCUCUGUCUGUUGGGUCACAUCAUUUUCUGUCUCGAGAUUCCUUGCGUCAACAAAGCAAAGUACCCAAAGCUUACAGCAUAUUACGAGCGUGUCAAGACAUCAUUGCCCUACUUUGAUGAAAUUUACGGGCCUGCCCUUGCCCUAAUCAAGACGUUGUGGGACAGGAUGAAGUGAGCACGUCCCAGUGCGACCUUCGAAAGAGAAGCACACGAUGGAAUUUAAUGAGUAAAUAUGUGUUGUUCUCUUAUU